GCUUAAAUUCUUUCCUCCGUCAGCGGUCACAUCAAUUUCCGAGCUUCGUGCUACCUCCUAAACCAGACCAAAACAGAGCUCCGAUAUCGAAAUCUACCAUCAAUUUUGCUGCUAGAAGAAUCACGAGUUCCGAUUGAUCAACCAGCCUGAUUCUCUGGCCAAUGUUGCCGGAUUAUUAGGAGAGUCGCGGUUGGUCUCUGGCCGGCGGSGUGUUGAGAGAUGGCCGGCGAUCAUGAAAUUUUGGAUCCUCUGAUCCAGAGAAAUCAGGCCUCUCAAUGGCAUGCCUCAGAGUCAACCUCAGCUUCUCCGUCGCCGGAGGAUCCAUAUCCCGGCGAGAACUCUCCCGUGGAGCAAGUUGCUCUUACAGUUCCGGUCACCGACGAUACCUCGCUUCCGACGUUCACUUUCAGGACGUGGAUUUUGGGGAUAAUCGCGUGUAUGCUUCUCUCGUUCCUCAAUCAGUUCUUCUUCUAUCGGAAAGAGCCUCUCUCAGUGACUUCGAUUUCCGCCCAAAUUGCGGUGGUUCCCAUCGGCCAUCUCUUGGCUUCUGCCCUAACUGACCGAGUGUUCUUCGAAGGGAAGAGAUGGAGGUUCACUCUCAAUCCGGGACCCUUCAAUGAAAAGGAGCACGUCCUCAUCACAAUCUUCGCUAACUCCGGCGCUUCUACCGUCUAUGCGAUUCACAUCGUUAGUGCAAUCAAGAUCUUCUACAAGAAGGAACUGACCUUCUUCGUGGCGUUGUUCGUUGUUUUGACGACGCAGGUGCUCGGCUUUGGCUGGGCUGGAAUUUUCCGGCGAUACUUGGUCGAGCCGGCCGCCAUGUGGUGGCCGCAAAAUCUGGUUCAAGUCUCCCUCUUCAGGGCAUUGCAUGAGAAAGAAGAGAGACCAAAGGGGAAAUUAAGCAGAAACCAGUUCUUUGUCAUUGCCUUGACUUGCAGCUUUGCUUAUUAUGUCUUCCCCGGCUAUCUCUUUCCCAUGUUGACCUCCAUGUCCUGGCUCUGUUGGGCGUUUCCCACCUCCGUUAUGGCUCAACAGCUCGGUUCAGGGUUGCGUGGCUUAGGCAUCGGCACCUUCGGUUUCGAUUGGUCCACCAUUUCAGCUUAUCUUGGGAGCCCUCUUGCCAGUCCAUGGUUUGCCACUGCUAACAUUGCUGCUGGUUUUGCCCUUGUCACUUACCUCGUUAACCCAUUGGCAUAUUGGCUUGAUCUCUUUGAUGCCAAAACAUUCCCCAUUUUUUCUGAUGGAUUGUUCACCUCUGCUGGCCAAAGCUACAAUAUCUCUGCUAUAAUUGACCCUAGCUUCCGUCUCGAUGCUGAUGCUUAUAACCGCGAAGGGCCGCUCCGCUUUAGUACCUUCCUUGCUCUCUACUAUGGUGUCAACUUUGCCUGUCUUGCUGCCACUGUUGUUCAUGUCUUACUCUUCCAUGGGAGGGACAUAUGGCGAUUAAGCAAGUCUGCCUUGCAAGAGAAGCUGAUGGAUGUGCACACGAAGCUGAUGAGGAAGUAUAAUCAAGUUACCGAAUGGUGGUUCAUGUGCAUUCUUUUGGUUAACAUUUCAGCCACCAUUUUCAUUUGUGAAUACUACAACAACCAGCUCCARUUGCCAUGGUGGGGCGUGCUGCUCGCCUGUGGUCUCGCCGUAUUUUUCACUCUCCCGGUCGGAGUUAUCACUGCUUUGACAAAUCAGACUCCAUCAUUAAACGUAAUCACUGAAUUCAUUAUCGGUUACUUGUAUCCUGGCUACCCUGUUGCCAAUAUGUGCUUUAAAGUUUAUGGAUACAUUAGUAUGAAGCAGGCAAUCACAUUUCUGCAAGAUUUCAAACUUGGCCAUUACAUGAAAAUUCCUCCCAGAGAAAUGUUCAUUGCACAGGUCGUUGGAACUGUGAUAUCUGCCGUGACGCACUUAGGAACAGCUUGGUGGCUUAUGGCAACCAUCCCCAACAUAUGCGAUCGAGCAAUGCUUCCGGUAGGCAGUCCGUGGACGUGUCCCGGCGACCAUGUAUUCUACGAUGCCUCGGUCAUUUGGGGCCUCGUUGGCCCUCGUCGGAUCUUUGGCAACCAAGGCAAAUACGGAUCACUCAAUUGGUUUUUCCUAGGCGGAGCAGUGUCUCCUCUCUUGGUUUGGCUGGCAUACAAGGCCUUCCCGGACAGGCACUGGAUCAAACUCAUCACCAUGCCGGUGCUCCUCGGCGCGGUGGUGAACAUGCCUCCGGCCACCGCCGUGAACUACACGAGCUGGAUUGUAAUUGGAUUUGGAUCAGGUUUUGUAGCGUACAGGCAUUACCGUGGGUGGUGGAGCCGCCAUAACUAUCUGCUAUCUGGAGCUCUGGAUGCUGGAUUGGCCUUCAUGGGUGUGUUGCUGUACCUGUGCUUGGGAAUGCAACAUGUCUCUCUCAGGUGGUGGGGUGGCRAUUCGGACGCCUGUCCUUUGGCUUCUUGUCCUACUGCCCCAGGGGUUGUCGUCAAAGGUUGUCCUGUCCAUUAAUUGCUGCCAUUGUACAGUGAGUUCCUGAAACUUUUGAUAUAGUUCAGCCAUUUUUAAGUUGGGGUUUUAAUAUUAUGCCAAAAAAAAAAAAAGAAAAAAAGAAAGGAGAAGAAGGAUCAGUUGAUAGAUCCCAGCUUUUACAGUGUUUGUAUUUUUAUUUUUCGUUGUAUUUAAAAAUUGUUGUAUAUUUUAGUUUCAAAUUCUUUAUUGAAUAUAGGCAAGCUUGUAUCACUUUUAAGGA